AUGUGUAGAAACAAAACACCAAUAAUUUUCAUUCACGGGAUCCUGUCAUCACCUUAUUGUUGGAAUAAAGUUAAGAGUAAAAUUUGUGACAAGACUGGGAGAAAGGGAUAUGCUGUAUGUUUACGAAAUCAUGGAUCCAGUGAAUGGUCGGAGGAGAUGAGUGCGUUUGACAUGGCUGAAGAUGUGAAAGAAUUUAUGAAGAAGGAACACGUUUCGAAGGCCAUAUUGAUUGCCCACGGCAUAGCAGGCUUUGCGGCAUUAGUUAUCGCUUUUACAAAUAAACCUAAUGAAAAAGCCCUCUCCAGACCAAUGAUACCACUUUUACCAUUCUACAAGAAUAAAUCUGGCAAAUUUGUCUGGGAAAUCAACGUAGAUGUUGUUAUUAAAAUAUCUGCCAAUAUUCAGAGUUUUCAAAUACCUUUAAAGGAAGAUACAAUUUAUCCUGGAGAGACAUUAUUUAUUGCAGCAGAAUUUUCUUCAUUUGUAGUGUUGAAACAAAAGGAGGUGAUUCUGAAGCAUAUUCCAAAGAUCCGGUUUGUUUUGGCAGAAGGUGUUUAUCACAGUUGUCAUCUGGAAAAACCAGAAAAAUAUGUAGAUAUAAUCACAAAGUUCCUAGUUCCAUAA